CGAAGGGGACACGAGACAAAAAAGUUUAGGAGCCCACGAUUACCACUUGAUGCCAGAUCUCUUCUGACCAGGCAGCAGCCCUUACUCUUCUACUUUCUCUUGCGCUUCUCACCCCCGUCGUACUCUACUUCCAAUCGACGAGCAAUCGUCGCAACUCAUUCAAGAUGCCUACAAUGUGGCUGUCAGAUACCCAGAAGAUUGGCGUCGCCUUCUGCUCAGGGGGCGGACUCUUUCUCAUGGGCGGCGUGAUGAUGUUUUUUGAUCGCGCAAUGUUAGCAAUGGGAAAUAUCCUCUUCAUAAUCGGCCUAACCCUCAUCAUCGGCACAACAAAAACAAUCGCCUUCUUCGCGCGCAAGCAGAAAUGGAAGGGCACACUCGCCUUCACCGCAGGCAUAACCCUGAUCCUCAUGCGCUGGGCUUUCAUCGGCUUCGUCGUGGAAAUGUACGGCAUCCUCGUCCUGUUUGGCGACUUCUUUGCUACGAUUGCGGGCUUCGUGGGGAAUAUACCUGUUAUUGGACCGUACAUUGCGCGCGGGCUGGAGGCGAUUAGUGGUGCGCGGCGGAAUGCUGAUUUGCCCGUGUGAUGUGUGAGAGAGAGAGUGUGAGAAAGGGUUGGCGUUGGAGUUGGGGUGGGAAUGAGGAAUGAAAGUGCUGAAGAAACGAAACGUCAAGACGAGGGGAUUUGUAUCAUAACUUUGGCGCAGGCACAUGGCGAACGGGCUUUGUUUCUUUCGACGAAGAAGAAGCAGACCGAGAAACGUUUCGCAGCAUACCAAGGCGUUGAGGAACUCUGUAUACGUAUAUCAACAGGCUUGAAUAUUCACAAUCUACGUUAACAAAC